CGAGUUCUCACACCAUUAAUUAGCAGCUGCAACACGCAGAGAACAGCACCGAUGAAAGUUGGAGCUGGGAAUCUUCUCCAAACAUGGCACGUGAGCACUCCCAUCAGCCUCACGUGCCUUCAUUUCCUAACUUUUACUACUUCGGUACCUUCCGUAACAACACGCACCACGAACCCGCGCAACUUGUAUAUAAAUAUAGGCAGCAGAACACAAACUACAUGCUCACUAACAAAACCCGUAGCCGUUUUAGUUAUUCCUCAACAGACUCACACUCUCACUCACACCAAAAUUACCAAAGGACAAGAAGAAGCCAUGGAAGCUCAGAACAAGCUUCGGUCCGAGUUCCUUCAAGUCCUCCGUAGCAGAAGAACCACUCCAGUUCCGUUAACUAUAGAACUUGCAAAGCCGGUGACAGAUCCUUUGGAUCAGAACUCUCCUCCAUCGGAAGUAGAGCUGGAGAUUAUGACGUCUUGUCCGAAGGCAGACAUUGCUAACCUCCAAGAUUUGCUCAAGGAGGAGAAUCUCUACUUGACUGUAGAGGAAGGAGAUCAAGGAAAGUUGCCUCUGUUGAUUCUGAGCUUGAAGGAGAAAACCAAGGCGGAGAGAAGGCCUGCGGUUGUUUUUCUGCAUAGUACGAAUAAAUACAAAGAAUACCUGCGCCCUUUGCUUGAGGCAUAUGCUUCGCGAGGAUAUGUGGCGAUUUCUGUGGAUUCUCGAUACCACGGCGAGCGUGCUAGCAGCGCCACCACCUAUCGGGAUGCUCUUGUUUCUGCUUGGAAAACUGGGGAGACGAUGCCAUUCAUAUAUGACACGGUCUGGGACUUGAUUAAAUUGGCAGAUUAUCUAUCACAGAGAGAGGAUGUAGACCCAUCUAGGAUAGGAAUCACUGGAAUAUCACUUGGAGGAAUGCAUUCAUGGUUCGCAGCAUUUGCUGACCCCCGCUAUGUUGUGGCUGCUCCUAUUAUUGGUGUUCAGGGUUUUCGAUGGGCCAUCGAUAAUGAUAUGUGGCAGGCUCGAGUUAACAGUAUAAAGCCAGUGUUUGAGGCGGCUCGUGAAGAUUUGGGAAAAAGUGAAAUUGACAAAGAAGUCGUGGAGAAGGUAUGGGAUAGGAUUGCCCCGGGCUUAGCUUCCCAGUUUGAUUCACCCUACUCGGUUCCAUCUAUUGCACCACGUUCUCUGAUUAUUAUUAACGGUGCGGAAGAUCCUCGUUGUCCCAUUGGAGGCUUAGUAACUCCUGAGUCAAAUGCACGCCAGGUGUAUGGGGAGUUAAAUUCUUUAGAUAAUUUCAAGAUAAUUUUAGAACCUGGAGUUGGCCACCAGAUAACGAAAUUACAGGUGAAAGAAUCGUCUGAUUGGUUUGACAGAUUUUUAAAGCCAAAGCUUGUGCCCUCAACAUCUAAUUGUAAAUUAUGUGUAAUGUUAUAAACCUAUUUGUUCUGGCUCAUUGGUAGCCUUGGUAUACUUUACUUUGUCAUGUUGUGAAACUGAAUGACAAAACGCUAUGCGUAUUCAUCUAUAGAGGGAGUACUUUACCUGUUCAAUGUUAUGCAAUUUUACAUUGCUGUACUAUCUAGUUGUCAUUAUCAAAUGUAACACAAUGCAUGAUUUUAUUUAAGCAUGUUUUCUCUUUA